AUGUGCGAAGUAUUUCUAUUUGUCAAAGUUACACAGUAUGCAGACUGUGUUUGCUUCGAAAGGAAAUUUGCGUUCAAACAAAUGAGUCGUGCCGGAGCUGUACUCACCACCUCGGAAUGCGUCAUCCUUGGGCUGUUGCAGGAUGCCGCCCAUCCAAAAUUCAAGGAAGUGCAGAAGCUGAUCCUUGAGCCCGCUCCCGAUACUGGACUUGUUGCGAAAGUAUAA